AUGGCAAGAACCAAACAAACCGCCCGUAAAUCCACCGGAGGCAAAGCCCCGAGAAAGCAGCUCGCUACCAAAGCCGCCCGUAAGAGCGCUCCAGCCACCGGCGGCGUGAAGAAGCCUCAUCGCUACAGGCCCGGCACCGUGGCUCUGCGAGAGAUCCGUCGCUAUCAGAAGUCCACCGAGCUGCUGAUCCGCAAGCUGCCCUUCCAGCGUUUGGUGCGAGAGAUCGCUCAGGACUUCAAGACGGACCUGCGCUUCCAGAGCUCAGCUGUCAUGGCCCUGCAGGAGGCCAGCGAGGCUUAUCUGGUCGGUCUGUUCGAGGACACCAACCUGUGCGCCAUCCACGCCAAGAGAGUCACCAUCAUGCCCAAAGACAUCCAGCUGGCGCGCCGCAUCCGCGGAGAGCGCGCUUAA